UUCCGCGCGAGCCCGAAUUACGUAGUCAAUUUUGGGAGGUCAAAGUUCGCGUCUCCCUCGUCGGUUCAGACACGUCCACCCUCUCUUCCAAGCUCUUUUCCUUUCCCUCAUUCUCGUCGUCGUCGCCGUCCUCAGCAAUGGCCUCUCUUGCACGGUUCCGUCCUGCUGUUCGCCGUAUCCCUGCCUUUGCGCGAGCCAUUCAGACGUCCGCGGACACCACUCAACUGCAAGACACCAUCGAGGACCACUCGAAACCAUUCACCGUGAAACUCCAUGAAGAGUCCUUCCGCUCAUAUCAAUGCGAGACUCCAUCUCUUGAGGUUGAGGUCAAAAAGGAUGAGCUCCUGAAAAUGUACAAGGACAUGCAAACGAUGCGUCGGAUGGAGAUGGCUGCUGAUGCCCUUUACAAGGCUAAGCUUAUUCGCGGUUUCUGCCAUUUGGCUAUUGGCCAGGAAGCUGUCUCUGUUGGUCUUGAGUACGGCAUUAAGCCUGAAGACCGUGUUAUCACUGCAUACCGGUGUCACCCUUUCGCUGUCAUGCGUGGCGGCACCAUUAAGGGUGUUAUUGCUGAGCUUCUUGGUCGCCAGGCCGGCAUGUCUCACGGCAAGGGUGGCUCUAUGCACAUCUUCACUCCCUCAUUCUUUGGUGGCAACGGUAUCGUCGGUGCUCAGGUACCCGUAGGAGCUGGUAUCGCAUUCGCUCAAAAGUACCUUGACAAGAACACCGCAACAUUUGCUCUCUAUGGUGAUGGUGCAAGUAACCAAGGGCAAGUCUUCGAAGCAUUUAACAUGGCUAAACUUUGGGGUCUUCCUGCUGUCUUCGUUUGUGAGAACAACAAAUACGGAAUGGGUACCUCUGCCGAGCGCAGUUCCUCCAACACCGAAUACUUUACUCGUGGUGACAAGAUCCCCGGUCUCCAGGUUAACGGUAUGGAUAUCAUUGCCUCCAGGCACGCUGUGCAAUAUGCUCGCAAGUGGGUAACGGAAGGCAAUGGCCCACUUCUCAUGGAGUUCGUUACCUACCGCUACGGCGGUCACUCGAUGUCCGACCCCGGUACCACCUACCGUACCCGUGAGGAGGUUCAGCGGAUGCGUAGUACACAGGAUCCUAUCCGCGGUCUCCAGCGCUACAUCGAGGAGUGGGGUCUUGCCACCGAGCAGGAGCUCAAGCAACUUGACAAGGACGCCAAGGCUGAGGUUGACCAGGCUGUCGAGGAGGCUAAACAAUCCCCUGAGCCAUUGACUAAGGACCUCUGGACAGACAUCUACUACAAGGGUACGGAGCCAGCAUCCAUGCGUGGUCGUGAGCGCGAGGAGGUGCACCACUACUGAUCAGCGGGUUUCUCGAUAGUAAUACAUUAGACUUUAUCAUUUGCUACGUUCUAUGUUAGGUAUACUCAUCGAUGCCUUUGCCAAUGAACGCUAUAUUUGCAGCAUGAA